AAACAAUUUGAGUUUUAAAGUAUCCACAACGUAUUUGGCGUUAUCGUUAGAUUGCAAAUCAAUACUUAGAAAAAAUGUCGAAAAUUUUCGCUCUCGCCGUCGCCGCCCUGUGUGCCUCCUCCAUUUGCCUGAGUAAUGCGCUGCCAGCUGUCAGUGAGUUGUAUGGUGCUCCGCUAAAAGGUGCAGGUGGUCGUGGUGGUGGCGCCAGUAGUGCUGAUGCGCACGCCGAAAUACGUAGCUUCACCAACGAUCUGAAAGAGGAUGGCAGCUAUAACUACCAGUUUGAGACCAGCAAUGGUAUUGCGCAACAAGAAUCUGGUGUUGGCGGUUACUACGCCACUGGCUCAUCGCAAUACUAUUCGCCCGAAGGUCAAUUAAUUCAGCUUACUUAUACUGCCGAUGAAAAUGGAUUCCAGCCACAAGGAGAUCAUUUACCCACUCCCCCACCGGUGCCAGAGGCUAUCCUCAAGGCAUUGGAAUACAUUCGCACCCAUCCGCAACAGGACGAACAGCAACAGUAUGGCUCGCAGCAAGGCCGUGGCAGUGCAUCGCUUCCACAGCAAAAAUAUGGCGCACCCUAUCGCAAAUACUAAAACGUUUGAUGAGUCGUGAAAACAUACGUUCGCCCGCAAAUGCAUAGGAUUUCUUUCCCAUAACUACCAUUGCUCUUUGAUUUGUAUAUGUGUAAUUGUAGUAUUGUGAAGAUUGAAGCCUUUGUCAAGAGAUUUAGUUAUUGUUUUGAAAAUAUAAAUGGAUUGCUGUAACGUAGAUGCUGGAAGUAAUCUCAGCAACAUGUGAUAGAAUGGUUAGUUGUGGAGUUUUGAGUGCUGACAUUUGUUGUUGUGUUGAUUACACUCUCAUGAAAAAAAAAACAAAGAAGGAAUACUAAAAUAUUUCAUCUUUUUGUUAGUUUUAUAUGAUGUAAAUAAAUUUUUGUAUUG